AAUAGCAAAUUUCUCUAGGGGGAGCAGGGGCUGAGAGAGGGCUGCGGAGCAAGGAAUCAAGGACGAGCCGCCGAGAGGACUAGGGUUUAGCCAUGGCGGCCGAGGACCAGACUCCUUGUACCAAGCUCCGCCCCGGCAAGGCAAAGACGCGGAAGAAGACGAAGAGGGACAAGUGGGGCCAGCCUAUCUCCGCCGCCGCCGCCGAUGAGGAGCCGUCGGUGGAGCCGGAGCAAGAGCACCCGGCGGGGGUAGUUGAGGCGGCAGUACAGGUGGAGAAGGAGGAGGAGGAAGAGGCGACUGCGGCGGCGGAAGGCUAUGAGCCCGGGAAGGUGGUGGCGAGCGGCUUGCCCUACACGACCACCGAGGCGGACAUCCGGAAGCUGUUCGAGUUCUACGGGCCCAUCCAGUCGAUGCAGCUCUCUCGCUUCCCGGACUCCGGCAACUUCCGCGGCCUUGCCUUCCUCUGCUUCGAGUCAGAAGAAGAUGCAAUAAAGUCUCUUGAGCUUGAUGGAUUCAAAAUUGGCAGCAGAUACAUGAGGGUUGAAAGGUGCAGGGUGACGGCCACCUCAAACAAGAAGAGGAAGGCAGAGUUCGAAACCGACCCCAAGAAGUCCGAAGGCUGCCUCUCGGCAUAUGUUGGCAACCUCUCAUGGAACGUGGACGAAAACGACUUGCGAGGUUUCUUCGGGCCGUCGAAGAUUGCAUCGGUAAGGUUUGCCGUCGACAAAAGAACCGGGGGUUCCCGUGGCUUCUGCCAUGUCGAAUUUCAAGACGACGAGUCGCUCGAGAAGGCCAUAGCGAUGAACCAGUCGAAACUGCAGGGCAGGCCUGUCAAAGUGGCGUAUUCAGUCAGCAACCGGGGCUGAAGAGCGCCGCCCCGUCGCCAGCGGUUAUAGUACCAGUGAACUUGUAGUGUUAUGGUUUCCGCUCCUUCAGUUUCGGUUAGGCUUUACGGUGUGGCUACCAGCAGUACCAGUGUGAGCUUGUAGUGAGACGGUUUCGCUCCCUCAGUUUUGGCUUAAGCUUUUUUUUCGCCGCUUUGAAACAAGGUUUUUGAGAUCAGUUCCAUGACGCCAGUUCUUGGCACCAAACAUAUGGCAAAAUGUAAACCCCUCUGUAACGAGUACCGAGUUGUCGUUAAGCCUGUAUCCCAGCCCGUCUCAUGGUUUUGUAUCUUGAAUGGAUGUUUCCGUCAGGUGUCUCCUCUUGAAAUGGUCAGGAGCACA